AUGAAGACACUUGACGAUAGGGCAAUCGAAGUUCAAAUUGGCUCAGGAUCGACACUGUACGUUUGUAAUUUUCCUCCUGUUGCUGAUGAGACUUGGAUACGAGAGAAGUUCAAAAGGUAUGGAGAGAUUGUUGACAUACGCUUCCCAUCCCUCAAGUUCGACACGCACCGGCGCUUCUGCUAUGUUCAAUUCAAAUCAUCAAGCGAUACUAAAUCCGCCACUGAGCUUGACGGUGAGGACCUUGGAAACGACCUCAAACUUGUAGCCAAAUUAUCGGAUCCGGGGCAAAAGAAGCCGAGAGAGGGCGCCAUGUAUGAUGGACGAGAACUUUACCUGGUCAAUCUCGAUCGCAAUACAACCAAGGCAGACAUCAAACAAGCCUUCAAGAGAUACGGCCACAUUGAGAGCGUGAGGGUACUCACCAGAGUCGACGGCACUAGUAGAGGCAUAGCCUAUGUAGUCUUCCGAAGUAAAGAUGAGGCCGAAGCGGCCCUCGAAAUGAACCUCACAACGCUCGGAAAUCGCGUCUUGAACGUCUCGGUCUCUACCAACGACAAGUUGAAACGCAAGCAAAACCAAAUCAUCACCUCUACCUCGACAUCUCAACGCGGCACCACUUCCCCACCUCCACAUACGAAUGGCGACACCCACAGUGUCGCGUCGCCCGCCCCUCCCACCAACUUAGCUGGCCAGUCCAAAUUUUCCGAAAUCGAAUCCCGUACCCUCGCGCUCCUCAAUAUACCAGAUAUAGUCAAUGACGCCCGAAUUCGAGCUCUCACAGAACCUUACGGGGAAUUGGUCAAGGUAUCCCUCAGACCGAAUCAUCAGGGAGCUAUUAUCGAGUACAAAAAUGAAGCCUCGGUAGGCAAAGCGUCACUCGCCCUAGAAGGGCAUGAGAUAGCUCCGGGAAGGAAGAUACGCGUUGGAACAGUCAGUGAAAUGAAUCAGCAGAAAGCUGAAUAUCGCAGCGAUCGUAUAGCAGUCGGUGCAGCAGCAAAGACUACCAACGCACAUCUACAAGGGCCGGCACCAAUACGAAGGCCUGGUCAACCUGGGACAAGAAGGGGUGGGAAAGGCGGAUUGGGAAUGAAGAGGGGAGGAGUAGGCUUGAGCGGAUCAAGAGCCACGAAGGAUGGGGAGGACAAGGAUGCGGAGAUGAACGGAACGGUGGAAGGAGAGGAGAAGGGAAAUGCGAAGAACAAUGCUGAUUUCAAGGCCAUGUUUCUCAAGAAGGACGGGGCGUAA